AUGAAUCCAUUGGCAUUCAUUUCUUCCUUCUCUUGGGCAACUCAUGAUGCCAUUUUCAAACGCAAACAUACUCCAACAAACGCUGAGUCCCUGAAGGAACAAUGCGCCUCCACGGUCAACGACCUCCUCAACGGGAUUUCAUAUCAAUAUCCAGCAGGAGUCCACUUCGAUAAGACUCUAAAGAAGAAAGUCGAAGACUCCAUGUUGAAAGCGGGUCUUUCGUCAGAGACUCUGCUUCGGAUUCAACCGUACAUCGACAGCAGUGUCAAUAUUGCCAUCACAUGCUAUGCACACACAUCCAUCGACGUCCAAGAAUUUGUAGCAACGUACACAUCAUACGCAAUUACCGUCGACGAUCUUGGCCAUGAGUUUUCUGAUGACAUGAAGAUGUUUGUCACGGGCCUUUUGGACGGAAACACCACAAAGAACGUCAUCCUUCGUGGCUUUUUUGAUCUCAUGAAAGACCAUGGUUCCCAAUUCGGCCAAUUUGGGGGAGACAUGAUCGCCAAAGCUACUAUCGACUUCGUAUGUAGUUGCUAUUUGGAAUUGGAGCUCGAGAAUCGCGGAAGGAAUGAGAAACAGGCUCAUGAUACAGUCAAUGCACCAGAAUACGCCGAGUAUUUUCGCAUCAAAACCGGCGUGUCGGAACCAUACGCCUUCUUCGCCUUCCCAGAACACCUGUUCCGUGAGGAUGAAGUGUUGCACACCUACCUCCCUGCUGUUCCUUACAUGGUGAAAUUCUUUAACUAUGCCAACGAUAUCUUGUCUUUCUACAAAGAGUCAGGGGCAGACGAAAAGGCCAAUUAUAUAAGCAACCAAGCGGCCGCUCACAAUAUAUCUCAAUUCGAGUCCUUGGAGAUGCUUUGCAAGAAGACAAUCGAGGUAUUCCACAUUAUCAAUACCAUCCUCGCCCCGAACGAGGGUCUCAGACGUAACGUUCAUCAGUGGAUGCAUGGCUAUGCUGUUUAUCACAUGGCCUCGGUCAGGUACAGGUUGGAUGAGCUAGGUAUACCGGCUGUGUUCGAGGCUAGACAAUUGUUCCUUGAAAAAUAUUGA